ACUUGCCCCGGACGGUGAGGAGCCGCAAUGAGGAUCGCCCGCAGCCCGCCGCCGAGCUGACCCUGCAGCGCUCCGAGAGACAUCCUCUCUCCUCACAACCCUGUCACAGAUCGGGGCUGGGCCGGAGCUUGCUUCAUCUUUAUUUAUUUUUUUCUCUCUCUCUUGAAAACCUGGAUUUUUGUUUAUUUUUUCUUGCAAGAUCAGGGGGGGAGAGAGAGAACAUCCGAGCCACAAAAAGAAAGAUUUUUCAUCUGUUGCCACAGUCGAAGCUGCGGACAAUCUCUGCGAAUCGAUACUUUUUUUUUCCCCUCUUUUUUUUAAAUCCUUAUUCUAUUGACGGGCUUUUCCUUUAAAGAAAUGAUUUUAUUCCAACGUGCAUGAGCUGCGUCAAACAGCAUUUUCCCCCCCUCCCCGCCCAUUUGGUUCCUCGCGUCCGACUGCUUUGAAAUACGGUUGCAUUUCCCCCGAAGAAAACUCUUGUCAGCAUUCACCAAGAGAUGGCUACCCUGCUCCGGAAGAUUGGUCUGAUUCGCCUCCACGACCGAGACACGGACGGUGCAAAACACCCGGGCUCCCGCAAGGCGCCCAAAAGCCAGAAAAACGCCAGCAAGCAGUGCAACUCGAGCAACGAGAGCAUCCUGCUCCAGUCCGACCACCACCACCACCACCACUACCACAACAGCCAUCAGCAGCAACACCACAGCCACAAGAGGUCCGAGCAACCACCCGCCUCCACCAAGGACAGCAACAAGGACAAGCAGCAGGCCGGCAGCAAGGUGCCCCCGGCCGGCAGCAGCACCAGCGGCGGCGGCAGCAGCAGCAGCUCCAUCCCCGGGCAACCUCCCAACAAGCAGCACUGCGCCCAGGUCCGCAGCCGCAGGCUCAUGAAGGAGCUGCAGGACAUCCGCAAGCUGACGGAUCACUUCAUCAGCGUGGAGCUGGUGGAGGACAACCUCUUCGAGUGGAACGUCAAGCUGCUGCAGGUGGACAAGGACUCGGCGCUGUGGCAGGACAUGAAGGAGACGAGCACCGAGUGCAUCCUGCUCAACCUCAACUUCCCGGACAACUUCCCCUUCUCGCCGCCCUUCAUGAGGGUGCUGAGCCCCCGGCUGGAGAACGGCUACGUGCUGGACGGAGGCGCGAUCUGCAUGGAGCUGCUGACCCCGCGGGGUUGGUCCAGCGCCUACACCGUGGAGGCAGUCAUGAGGCAGUUUGCAGCCAGCCUGGUCAAGGGACAGGGACGGAUUUGCAGAAAAGUAGGGAAAACAAAGAAAGCUUUCACUCGUAAAGAAGCUGAAGCAACAUUCAAAAGUUUGGUGAAGACACAUGAGAAAUAUGGCUGGGUUACUCCACCUGUAUCUGAUGGUUGAGCCAUAGCGCUCCCUCCAUUUUCAACCACAAAAACACUUUCACCUACUCCGUGCUGUAUAUGAUCCAUUCCUUCUAUUUCAGCUUCAGUAAGACAUGGCGAUACUAAGGAGACAUUUAUGUUAUUUAUGGAGAGAGAUGUUUACAGAUAAAUGCCUAAAGGGAUUUUUAUUUUGGGGGGGGGGGCGGGG